AUGAUGAAAAACGAAGAUAUGGGAAUGAAGCAGUCUUAUAAUCAAUCAACAUUACAGAUAUAUUACCGAGAGAAUGAAUUAAUUUCAAAACUUCGACCGAAAUCCAGCAAUCGAUCAUCUCUUCCAACAAAACGAAUAACCAGGGAUGAAGAAAUCGAUACAAGGAUGUGUCAUCUUCCUCCUGUAUCAUGUAAAAAGACCAAAACUGAUAUUUCUUCAUCUCAAAAUAAUUAUGAACAUACGACAUUUAAAAAAGGAAUCCGUACAGAAUCGACUAUCGAGUGUUUAGGCUUUACCACCGUGCCGACUCCUUUUCAAGAGAAUAUGACUGAAUCUACACUUCCAAUUAAAAAAACUGAUAUACAGGAUAUUUAUUCAUCAUCAAUAUCUCCUUCACACGAGACAUAUCAUAAAACGACGAAUACAUGUCGGGUUUUUCCUAUUGCUAAAACUAAUAUUCAACGUGGUCAAUGUGGUUUAGGAAAUAUUGGGAAUACAUGUUUCAUGAAUAGUGCUCUACAAUGUUUAAGCAAUAUUCCCGACUUGACUGAAUACAUUUUUGAAAAUGAUAUCACUAAUAUUUUAAAUACUACUAAUGAUCUUGGAACACACGGAAAGUUGGCCUUAGCUUAUGCUAAUUUGAUCAAAGAAAUGUGGUCUGGUAAGACAACAAUCGCCGAUGCAUCUGUUGUCAAACAGUAUGUGAGUAAAUUAUCACCACGAUUUGCAGGCCAUAAUCAACAAGACUCACAUGAGUUUCUUAAUAUAUUGUUGAAUGCUUUGCAUGAAGAUUUGAAACAAAAUCCGGACGACGUCGAGAAUGAAACAUCGCCAAUAUCUAAGAUUUUCCACGGCCAAAUACGUUCAACGGUUACAUGCACAUGCGGAGAGCCUUGUAUAACAUUCGAUUCAAUCAGUUUUCUUGCUUUGCCAAUUCCAGAUUUGCCACUAGCAUCUUCUCAUCAAAAAUAUUCCAAUCAGCCUCGCAAACAAACAGUAACUCUAACUGACUGUUUCAACGAAUUUCUCAAAGUAGAAAAGAUUGGAGAAAAUGGUCAAUGGUUUUGUAAUAAAUGUAAUGAUUUGAGGGAUGCCGAAAAGAAACUUGAUAUCUGGAUUCUUCCUAAAGUACUGAUUUUACAAUUGAAAAGAUUUACAUACGAUCUUUGGAAUAAUGUUAAAAUUAAAACACUUGUUAAAUUUACCGUCGAUUCCCCUCUUGAUCUUAGUCCGUUUAUUCCCGUUAAUAAUAAUCACAAAAAAUGCUCUCUAUAA